AUGGCGAAAGAAAAAGAGACGGUGAAUAUAGACAAUUUUAAAUCAACGGCCGAUUUAACCAAUAAUCCUGGAUUCCAGUCCUCGCUGAGUAUUGCAUCGAAAGACGUCACUGAUGAUAAACCUUAUAAUCCAUUCGAACAUCGAAAUUUAGAGCAUCCAAAUUCAACUGUAGGUUCUGUAGUACAUCUGUUGAAAGCAUGCCUUGGUACCGGCAUUUUGGCGAUGCCCUCGGCCUUCAAGAACGCUGGACUUUUGAUGGGUAUCAUUGGGACGUUGAUAGCUGGAUUUUUAUGCACUCACACAGUGGCCAUGCUGGUUGCAGCAUCUCAGAAAAUAUGUGUCAUCAUGAAAAAACCUGCCCUGAGUUACGCCGAAACAUGUGGUGCGGUGUGCACUUAUGGACCGAAAAGAAUUCAAUCAUGGGGUCCGACUGUAACGGUCAUAAUGGACUACUCAUUAGUAGUGACAUACUUCAGCGUCUUGUGUGUGUACGUGGUUUUCAUUGGAUCUUCACUAAAAGAGGUUAUGGACGUGUAUGCACCAGGUUCGCUGUCAAUCCAAGCUUACUGCGCCCUAACUUUGGUACCUCUAGUCCUAAUCUGUCAAAUUAGGAACCUGAAGUAUUUAGUGCCAUUCUCAGGAUGUGCGAAUGUGAUGCUUUUAGUUGUUAUCUGCAUAACAUCAUACUAUGUGUUCUCGGACCUUCCUUCAAUUGAAGACAGGGAUUUAGUCGCUGGUAUUGGGACCUGGCCGUUGUUUUUAAGUACGGUUGUUUUUGCAAUGGAAGGUAUCGGCUUGGUGAUGCCAGUUGAAAACGAAAUGAAAAAUCCUAAAAGGUUCCUCGGGUGUCCUGGAGUAUUAAACACAGCCAUGAUAAUUGUUAUUGGCCUCUUCGUUGUUAUGGGAUUUUUCGGCUACCUACAGUUUGGUGAUGAAGCUAAAGGAUCAGUGACGUUGAACCUCCCCGAGGAUGCUAUACUUGCUCAACUUACAAAGCUUUUAAUGGCAUUGGUGAUUUUCUUCUCGUAUGCCCUACAAUUCUACGUGCCAAUGGAAAUGAUUACUAGAACGAGAAAAGGCAGGGAAUGCAAGCAUGAAAACUUAAUCCAAGUCGCAAUUCGAACUGUUUUGGUAACAGCCACAGUUGCAGUUGCCGCAGCAUUCCCGAACUUGGAGCUCGUCAUCAGUUUCACUGGAGCGGUCUUCUUUUCCACUCUUGGCCUUCUAAUCCCAGUUCUAGUAGACACUGCGUACCAUUGGGACAGAGGAUUAGGUCCUUGUGGUUAUAUCUUGUUGAAGAAUAUUAUUAUUGGAAUUAUUUCCAUUAUAGUUUUGUUUUCGGGUGCUAUUGUCUCACUUCUACAAAUGAUUGAAGAAUUUGGAGGUGGCCACGAAAACCAAGAAAGCCUGAACGCUACAUUGACGUGA